ACAACUUAAAACAAGCAUGACUAUACAGUAAAACCUAUGGAGACAGUUAUAUAUUGAAGUACAAGUGACACAAAAGCCAUGAUGCCGUACAAUCCAGGGUCUGCAACUGCCCCAGGAUCAAGCUCACAUACUAAACGGCGGAAGAAACGUCCGAUCCAUGGCACCAAAACAGUUUCUGUGACAAGAGGGAGGUCAGGUUAUGGAUUUACCAUAUCUGGUCAACAUCCUUGUGUAUUAAGCUGUAUUGUGGGUGGAAGUAAAGCAGAGGAGGCUGGACUUAAGGCAGGAGACUAUCUUGUGUCUGUCAACAACGAAAACGUCACCAAGGCUCCUCAUGAUGAUGUUGUCAGAAUGGUUGGAAUGUCUACAGGAACUUUGACCUUACAAGUUGCUGAAAACUAUAACAGCUCUGAUUCGUCUGACGAUGAAUACCAUCACAGGACCAAAGCACGGUACCCAAACCGGGUCAGGACCAGAGCUGGGGUAGGAGGCACUCGUCAUGGUGACAGAGUGUUGGGGGAAUGUAACCAGAGAGAUAAGCACAGUAGUUCUGGUAAUGAGCACAGACACAACAAAGACAGUCAUCUUCAUAGAUAUGAAAAUUCAGAUUUAAAAUUUACAUCUGCUGUUAAACCACGUCUUCAUACACCAGUAGGAGCAGAGAAUACUUACGCAGCAUUAACCAAUCACAGCACACCACAGUUAGCUGGACCAUUCUCUGUCGAUAAACACAGCUCUGUAGCUUCGGUCCAUGCAACUCCUGCCUUCAGCUUCCAGGCCAAACAGGCAGUUGUCAAGAGUACUGCACAGAGUGCACGUGAACCAAGACAGAGACCUGUGGGUAGUCGUCAUAAUUACCACUCCCGCCAAACCAAGGAUCAAACACAUUUUAACACAUCGCUAGCAGGUGCUAGCAUUAGUGCAAUCAUGAAAACCUCUGUCACUAACACUACUGCCAAUAAUGCUUUCAUAGCAAUGGAGGAUGAUGAUGAGGAUGGUGAUGAUGAAGAGAGUUUGAUAAAUGCUGAUACAGAGGAGGUACGAGUGGUUGUAGGAUACAUAGGGUCUAUCGAAAUGCCAAGUGAUGCCAACAAACCUCAUAUAAAAAUUCAGUCCAUACGCAAUGCUGUGAGGAGACUCCGGGUGGAACAGAAGAUACACACCCUAGUUCUGAUGGAGGUCACGGAGGAUGGCGUCAAACUAACUAACAGCAUGGGAACAACUGUUGCUCAUUACCCGGCUGAAAGACUGACUUUUAGUGGUAUAUCUCCUGAUGACAAGCGAUUCUUUGGCAUUGUGACGUUACACAGUACAAGUAGUGAUGAUGCUAGUAGUGAUAACGGUAGUCAGGAUGAAUCAACUCCAAGUGGAUCUUGUCAUGUGUUCAUGGUUGACCCAGAAAUGAGGUCACACAACAUACAUGCUGCUAAGGCUAAGAUGUUCGGGAUUACAUGUACCAGUGGGAGGGAGAGGCAGAGCUGCAAUGAAUUCCCUAAGUCUGCUACUCCUGCUAUUAUGGCUAUCACUAAUCUAUACAAACACCGACCUGGUGUUGUUCUUGACAAUGAGGUUGCACUGUCUCAGGCCUUUGCAGACCCUUCAAGGGCCGUUCAGCGUAGUCAUAGUAACAGCAGUAAUAGUGAUAGUGGUCUUGGGUUUGGUAGAGAUGAAACACCAAAUAACAAUGUUUACGUGGUGGAUAUGCCACCUCCAUCAGGACCACCACCCACGCCACAGCCAUCUGUACCUAAUGGCAUUCAUUCACACAAACAUCACUUUUCACCUGACAUCCAAACUAAACCUACACCUAUACGUGACACCAAUAAGAUGUUCACGCACCCAGAUAUCCGUGCUCGUCUUAAUGUGUCUGUAUGCAGUACAGAUGAUUUACAUAUAAUGAAAAAUUCAAAUGAUAAACUGAACAUUCGUGCCAUGCCUGACCCCACCUUGACCCCAGGGUCCAGAACUCUAUCAAGUGAUGGCCUUGACAUGCAGAACAGUGCAGCUAGUCUAAGGGCUAGCACUCAAAAGAUACUUAAGGCUCAAAGACCUCACAUGGCCAGUCAAGUGGUCGUUAAUGACCAAGAUUCUCAGGGAAGUGAAAUAUACAGGUCAGCGUCUAACCCUGACCUUUACCGACCUUCAGACACAUACAGACCAAUCUCUGCCCCAAGUAAACAGUUCUGGGAGGAUAAUUUCACUGGAGAAACGCAGAAUAAAGUAGAGACAGUUGAUCUGGAUGGUAAAAAGUUGAGUCCAAGGGCCUUUCUUCCUCCUCCAUUUCAUCAGCUGCGGUCUCCUUCAGCCCCGCCAACAUUUAACCAUUCCUACGACACAGAAGAUGGACUAGCCAACACAAGUGGCAUGGGGGGUCUCAUUGAGCAGAUUGAGCAGAACCAUGCUCUCCGAAUAUCCUCCCCAGUAGAGGACCCCAGGAAGUAUGAUAUCAAGACAAAAUGGAAAAUGAGAGAAAAGGAAAGGACAACAGUAGAUGAUGGAGGUGAAAGAUGGGCCAAACCACACAAUAUCCGGCAUCGCAAGAUGUCACGGUUACAGCAGCCUCUUAGUCAUUCUCAUGAGUCUCUGGUGGCCAUUGAACAAGAAGUAACAUCACGGCAGUUAUCUACAGCAAGCAGUGCCAACAAUAUCAAUGAUCACCUGGAUGAAGACGAGAAAGAGGAAGAGGAAAUAGGAAGGAUUGCGGGAUGGGCAGUCGGUUUUGAGAAAAUGUUAAAUGAUGUUGGAGGAUUAGCUGUUUUCACAGAAUUCUUAAAGAAAGAAUUCAGUGAAGAAAAUAUUGUAUUUUGGAGAAUUUGUGAGCAGUACAAAAGUGUUUCUGACGGUGACAGGCGCAAAGUAAAGGCCAAAGAAAUUUUUGCAAAGCAUAUAUCAGUGAAGUCUUCUGAUCCAGUGAAUAUUGAUCAUGUUGCUCGGCAACUGGUGGAGAAACAACUGGACCAUCCUAGCAUCAGUACAUUUGACAAACCACAGCAGGAGAUUUUCAAGCUGAUGAAGCAAGACAGUUACCCACGAUUCCUCAAAUCAGAACUUUACAAGACGUAUCUGAUGAGGGAGAUGGGGGGUGAACCGUUGGGCCUACCUAAAGACGAUUUCCAGGGUAUCCUUGGAGCUAAGGAGCUCAAGGAGGAAAAGAAAAAGGCAGCAAAGGGGAAGGAUACAGAUGACAAGGAAAAGAGAAGACGGUCUCUGUUGCCAUGGAGACAAAAGAGCAGUAAAAAUAGCCUGAAAGCCACGUCAGAUUCUGAUCUGAAGAAAAACAGCAGUAAAACAACUCCAUCAGGGACAACUGCAAAAGAGUCGGAGGUAAACAACAAUACUACAGGAACACAGAAAAAGGCAGCUCCCGGACCUGGCAUUGAUCUCAGUACGAUACGCAAGGAAGUUCAGGCCGGUACCAAAGAGUCCAAGGAAGAUAAAGAAACUGAGGACAAUUUUAAGUUUUGUCGUGUGAUUUUACCGGACGGGUCUACGACUGUGGUGUGUGCGAAGCCAGGCCAGCGUAUCCGAUCUGUUCUAGGCAAGCUUUGUGAUAAGCGGAGUCUGUCUAUAGCCGCUGUGGAUGUGUUCCUUUUGGGCUCAGACAAGCCCCUCGACCUUGCAGAAGACAUAUCAACACUAGGGUCACGUGAGGUGAUGAUUGAGAGACGUGUCUUGUUCCGUAUGGACUUACCUAACAGGAAGUCUAUAGGCGUGAAGGCGAAACCUAACCGAUCCAUCAGAGAUGUCUUCAAACCCAUAUUAAACAAAUAUGGCUUUAAACUCGACAAUAUUUGUGUUCAGUUGUCUGGACAGCCAGGAAUGGUAGAUAUUGAUGCCCAGGUGUCCACUAUCGACAAUCAGAGAGUGCUUAUUAAACACCAGGAGGAAUGCAUAGCCAUCAGUAGAAAUGAGGGGUUUCGGUCCACAUCUAAAAGGACACAGAUAGUGGUUAAAUAUCCCCCUGAUUUCCAUGUAAACUCCGGUCAAGAAAGCACCUCUCUUGAUGUGAUCACAAAUCAAAUAUUUGAGGAUUUAAUGAGGGGAAAAUCUGAGGUGGCUCAUAACUUUGAUGAACUUGGAAUUCUAGAUCCUGAGAACUCUCCACAGGUUCAGCGGAAAGGCAGCGGCGAUCAUCGCUCUUUGGGUUUAUUUGGCCUCCUGAGAAAAGAGUCCCAGGCAGGAAAGGUAGCGGAGAUGCCAAAAGCGAAGAGCAAACACAAAGUUACAUUUAAUCUACAGAAGAACCAAACUCGGAAGGCUGCAGCUCGUGAUGAUGAUCAGUUUUUAGACCUGCUUUCAAAAGUUCAGAGCGGUCGGCUAGAUGACCAGCGGGGAUUGGACACACAAAAUUCAGAAAUACCAGAAUUCUUACAGAAUAAGACCCAUCAUCUCUCUGGACGAGAGAGUGCCCCACCCAUCCUCUCUGGAGGCAGAGCCAGAGCUGAUGACUACAUCAGGAAUAAUCAUGAAAAAUAUGUGUCUUACACUCGUGGUCAGAUUGCAACACGGCCUUCUUCAGUGUCUCUUGACUCCAUGACCUUUGACAGGCACAACAGCAAGACUGACAGGGAUGAGUUUGAGAGAGAUGACUUUGAUUCUUGUAAUCUUGAUUUGCCUGCAGAGGCUGUACAUCACGGUAAUCAGAGUUUCAGCUCUGAUGGUGUUAUUCCUUCCAAUGCGGAGGCGCAGGAAUUUUUCCAGGCUCCUGUUCCUGACUGUGCAGAUUUUGAUGACCCUUGCAUGGCAGAAAAAAGCCUGCGUGACAUUGGGUUUGACUACAGUUUUAACAUGUACCAAGCAAAAGCUUGGGGUUACUCGCGUCACAAUCCAUAUGCCCAACAGAAAUUAUCAUCACAUGGAAAUGACAUUGCCACCAAUGAGGAUGAAACUUUCCUAGAUGACACACUCACUCCAAAUGACCCUGACUUUGACAACACAUUAAUAAGUUCACCUGUUCAAGGUCACAUAAGGUCAUUAUCUGUGCCUGUAUCACUUCAUACUCCACCAAGUAAAGACAGUAAAUCAAGAGAAAAUGGACUCGUUCAAACAAGCACGCCCCUUACUACGAAAUCGGACAUAGUGCAAACUAUUACACCAGUCUUAAAGAAAUCCGAGAUUAAAAGUGGAAUGGAUGAGCUGGCAUCCAGCAAAACUUACACUUCAAAUGUUAGUCAUAAUUCAGCAUUCCAACAACCAACCACAAAAAUAAUGUCACCACCAUCAGACAAUAAACCAGUUGUCAUUGACCUUGGUGAUUCAGAAACUAACAUCACAUUUGUAUGAACAACUCAAUCUCCACAUUCACUUGUUAUUCAAACAAAAUUGCAAGCAAUAUGAAUUAUCUCCCUUUUUUUUUAACUGUCCCUCUUUUCUGUUCUUCUAUGGAUGUAGUCAGAGUUAUAUUCUAGAAAACUGUGAUGUGUUGUGUAGAUAUAUAUAUAUCUAUUUCAGAUAAAAAUGUUUCAGUGCUAUUUGAUAAUAAAGAAAUAUUUGAUGUAUUCUCUAUUUUGAAUAAUAGUCUGAUUGGUCAGCCCAUUGAGGUCCGGUAAUAAGCCCAUUUCCUAACAUUAAUUGGUUGGAUUUGUGUAUUUAGUCCACACCCUGACUUUAAUUGGUUGGCCCCCAAUGGUCCUGUAUUUAGUCCACACCCUGACUUUAAUUGGUUGGCCCCCAAUGGUCCUGUAUUUAGUCCUCACCCUAACUUUAAUUGGUUGGCCCCCAAUGGUCCUGUAUUUAGUCCUCACCCUAACUUUAAUUUGUUGGCCCCUAUUGUCCUGUAUUAAGUCCUCACCCUGACUUUAAUUUGUUGGCCCCUAUUGUCCUGUAUUAAGUCCAUUCCCUAACUUCAAUUGAUUGGUCUUUCAGGCUUAUUGUAGGAUAAAGGUGGUAACCUGUAAUGAUUUACCACUUUUUUGUCCGGUAUUAUCAAUGUCACUUAGGAAUUUUCACAUUUUGAAAUGUACAUGAAAUUACAAAAAAUUGGAUCUUUUAUCUGAUCAUUGCAACCUUGAUGAGGUGUGAGGAAUCUUUUGAGCAUAAGACUGGUUACUGACAUUGUUCCUUGGAAAGUUUAUUUCAUAAUCAUGGAUAUUCUUUGUAUAUUUUAAAACACUAAAGAAUCAUGCAAAGUAUAUUUAAAAAACUCAGAGAUGUCUUGGAACAAAAAUAUUUUCUCUAAGCUGGAGGUAUUCUGAAAUUUAUAAAAAAAACUGGAAAGUAUUCUGGGGGGAAAAAAUCUGUGCUAUUCAGAUUAUCAAUUGCAAAAUGUCUGAAUGUUGUGUUUGAGUAGCGAUAUGAAUUGAGAUAAUACAUUACCUGAUGUUAUAUAAAACUGUUCAAUGUAUGAUAUGAUUAACAUCGACACUCUUAUGUUGAAUCAGAACCAAUCCUAUAUACAGCAUCAACUGAAUCACAUUAACACAACAUAAUCUGGGUUGUUUAGUAACGUCGGAUGUACCAUUUUAAGUUCAGACCAUAGAGAUGAAAGAGAUUAUUAACAAUGUGCCUCCUGGAUUCGCAUCUGUCACUUACUGUCAAUUAUCCUGUUCUUUUAUUUUAUAUCUUUUAAGUCCAUUGGAAUCACAGCUAUGUAAAAGGUGCUAUAAUAUCUUGUAAUAUAUUUUUACUAAGGAAAGAAUAAAAAAGUAAAAUUGGAAGGAUUGUAGCUGUAGGUUAUAGGUGUUGAGUGUGUAAAAGGUAUUCUCAAAAUUAACUGUUUGUAUGCAAGAUGAGACACCUACCCUAGUCAGUGUUGUGCAGAAGUUAGGUGGAGAUAAAUAUGGUAGGAUUUAGUGUUUAUCGACAAAGAGAGCAGUUUAUGUAAAUAACUGUGGGUUGUAAGGAUGGAUGUGAUUCUGCAUGUAGUAUCUGAUCUUAUGUAAAUGAGGUCAGCAAAGUUACGGAUAGAAAACUAAGGCACUGUUGUAUGCAAGUUUGGUCGGGAAUAAUGACUAGGGUUGUACAGUCGGUAUAUGAGGUUGAGACAGUUGAAUGUGAAAUUGUGAGGUUACUAUGGUAACUGUGGAGUAAGUUUUGUAAGCUGUUGUGAAUUAAUGUUAUUGUUUUGAAAUAUUUAAAUAUUUUAUUUUAUGAUGAUA